GCACCCCUAAUAUCCAGGUUACACACGUUGGGUUUCUGUGGAUAGAUCUUCAGACUGCUUUACCCAGUACUGCUGAGAACCCGGCAGGAACGGGUUGGAUAUAAAGAUAAACCCUACAUUCCAACAGUAACAACAUAGUUCACAGGAAGAAAUGGAGGAUUCCAAUUAUGACAUGUCAAGGAGAAAAAUGUAAACAUGUUUUGAUCAUUUCAAGCAUACUAAUAGAAUCCUUUACAGUUUGGAGAACAUUCAUCUGGAGAUUGUUCGUUAUUCAAAACUGCCACCAGACUAUAAACCAAACCUGGAUAUCCAUGAAGACCAAAUGCCUUCCAGUAUUUUUCCGGCAAAAGACCAGCUUUGGAAACAUCUUCCUCAGGAGUGGAGUUAAGUUCACAGCUUCGCAAGGACUAAACAUGGCGGCCACAGCAGCAGGCAAGAAGGUGUUUGAAGUAUUUGUGUCAAAAGUACCAUGGACCAUCGCAACGAAGGAAGUUAAAGAAUACUUUGGGCAGUUUGGCCAGGUGAAGAAGUGUCUACUGCCAUUUGAUAAAGAGACAGGUUUUCAUAGAGGGUUUUGCUGGAUUGGGUUUACUACUGAGGAAGGACUGCAGAAUGCAUUACAAAAGGAUCCUCACAUCAUUGAAGGAGCAAAGCUCCAAGUGCAAAAAAACAGAAAGCCGUUUUCUGGAAAAAAAUCCAACAAAGAAGCAGAAGAUAUCUGAAGAGGACAUCAGAAAUGAUCUGAUUUCAAGUGUCUUCAGUAACACAGUAUUGUAUUUAUUGUGGAUGUCUCCUCACUGGGCACACUUGUUUUUCAGAAGCCUAACGAGUUUGAAUUAUUGUAUUGUUUAGUGUUUAUUUAGUUUUGUUUUCUUUUUAUUUAGUUUUUUUAAAUCAAACUUUUAAUGAAAUGUGAAUAAUAAUAAUAAUAAUAAUAAUAAUAAUAAUAAUAAAAGAUUGUAAAGUAAUUUGCUGUGUUGGCUAAAGAUGGCUUUUCUUUGUCAGUCUACUCAUUUUUUUGUGUGUGUAUUUCAGCAUUUUGGCUUUUACUAAACUUUAAAAGUGCUCUCUAAAAAUUUCCAAGAAUAUUUUUGGUUUAUUGGAUGAAACUCUUCACAUCUU